AGUAUCUCCAAGUCCCUCAGUCGCGAUCGAAUCUCGUCGGUCCGGCGCGAAAUUCGAUUCUCGAAAUGUUGAGAUUUGCUCUGUGGUUGACGACGUUCGUCGUGUUCGCGUCGUCGACGGAGGGGCCGAUCUGCAUGGAAAACAAUGGCUACACGGUGUGCCAUAGCGAAGGUGUGCUGGUGGACGUGACGCAACAAGAGUUCGAGGACGAGCUCAAGAUACGCGAAUUGAAUCUGCUGGCCGUUCGAGAGAACGCGUUCAAAAACUUGACCACCGUAAAACUGAACUUGGACAUAGGUAACAACAUUUCCGUGGUGAAUCGAGAGUCGUUUCGCGGACUGGAGAAAUUGGAGCGGCUCGGUUUGGAGAUGAACCAGGUGGCGCUGUCGGCGAAUCUGUUCGCCGAAUUGAAACAAUUGCAAACUCUAUCUCUGAUGUGGAACAAGAUAAACGCCGUACCGAAAGAUUCGUUCGCUGGAUUGACGGAACUGAUGUGGCUGAGCCUGAGCUACAACGACAUCGAGUCGAUCGAGGAGGGAUCGUUUUCUGGAUUGUCCUCCUCUAUGGCCUUCCUAUGGUUGAACAAUAACAAAAUUACCAGCAUCGAGGCGGGCAGUUUCAGCAAUAUGCCGAAACUGACGAGUCUCCACUUGGACAAUAAUCUACUGACCGUCGUUCAACCAGGAACCUUUCGGGGAUUGCACAAACUGGACGGUCUGUUUCUCAAAGGAAACCGACUGUCCAGCGUCUCGAAAAUGGACCUGAAGGGACUGAUCGAUCUGAGGAUUCUGAAUCUCCAGCGCAACGAGAUUUCCGACAUCGAGGCCGGAGCUUUCGCGAACUUGGCUCAACUGGAACAGUUGGACCUCAAAAAGAACCAGCUGACCCGCGUCGCGUCUGGGAUGUUCGACGGAUUGAAAAGUUUAAAUAAACUCGAUAUAUCGCUAAACAAGAUCGGUACCGUGGAAACAGGUGCGUUCGAUGGUCUCCACGCGUUGAAGAAUGUAAAUCUCAUGUACAAUAAUAUCAGCAACGUCGACAAAAUAAAUUACGGAUUAUCGCCUAUGGCAAUUUUGCACACGUAACGAGGAAACCGUUAACCAUUUUUUUAAAGAUCGAUUCCUCAUGUUUUUUGCUUCGCCUUGUAGAAAGAAUGAUGUAAAGUUUCCAACAAUAAAGAAUCCAAAGAAGAGCUUGUCACCGUCCCUGUUUCCUGAUACAAAUAUCGUUCGAAGUCGCGCGACCCUUUCCGACAUUUUGUUUUCGAGGAACCGCGCCGUCG